CACUCGCACACAAUGUCCACUGCAACGUCUACUGCGUACCGGGACCGCUCUGCCCCGGCGGCGGUUGAAGAUAUCGAGCUCAAGGCUGCUGGCAGCGGCGCCGUCUCGCCGGCGCCGAGCCUCCACUCGGCUGGCUCGCGCGCCGCCUCGCCCUCACCGUCUGCCACGCCUACCGCUGGUGGGCUUGACGAGCGGGCGUUCAGAAUACGACAGAUUCUCAUUUGCCUCUCGUCCUUCACCCUCGUCUUCACGACCUGCGGCGCGGGCUUCUCGUUCGGCGUCUACCAAGAGCUCUACCAGUCCAUGUCGGUAGAGCCCAACACGCCGUUCACGGGCGCCAGCGUCGCGCAGAUCGACCUCAUCGGCACGCUCGGCGUGGCGUUCAUGACCAUCGUCUCGCCGUUCGCCAUCGCGUGGACCAAGCGCUUCUCGCCCCGCACAAUAGUGUACUGCGGCGGCCUGCUGUUUUUCCUCGCGUCGCUCGCCGCGUCCUUCUGCCAGUCGACAUGGCAGUUCAUGCUCACGCAGGGGUUCCUGACGGGCAUUGGUACCUCUUUCAGCUAUAUCCCGGCCGUGACGGUCGCGCCGACGUGGUACGGCGCGCGGCGCGGGCUUGCGCUCGGUAUCAUCACGUCCGGCUCGGGGUGGGGCGGGCUCGUGUGGGCGCCUGCGAUCGAGGCGAUGAACGCGCACGUCGGGUUCCGCAACACGCUGCGGAUAUCCGGAGCCGUUGGCGCGGCUCUUGUCUUCCUCAGCGGCGCCGUGGUCGACUGGGACCCGGUCAACAAGGCGCGCGUGCAGGCCGAGACGGACCGCCUCAAGUCCAAGUCGCGCUCGUGGAUCCACAGCCUGUUCGCUGUCCCGCUUGUCGACUGGAAGAUUGCGCGCACGCGCCAGUUUGUCGCCAACUUGUCUGCCAACGCAAUGCAGGCCGCCGCGUACUGCACCCCACUGUUCUUUUUCUCGGCGUAUGCCAAGACCUUGGGAUACUCGUCCAAGCAGGGCGCAAUGUUCAUCGCGGUCAACAACGUCGCCAGCGGCGUUGGCCGCAUCGGCAUUGGCGUCAUGGCUGAUCGAUUCGGCCACGCCAACAUGCUGUUGCUUUGCACGGCGAUUUCAGCCGUCGUCUCGGUCGGCCUCUGGCUCCCCUCGACCCUCACAGGCGUCACGCAUACCUCCAAGGGCCUGUUCAUCGCCUACUCGAUGCUGUAUGGCCCCACCGCGUCUGCGUACGUCUCGCUCUUCCCCCCCGUCGCAAUCGAAAUGUUUGGCCUGCACAACUUUGCGUCCGUCAACGGCUUCCUGUACAUGGUCCGCGGGCUCUUCAUCCUCACCGGCACGCCCAUCGCAGGCACGCUCCUCCCGCACGCUGCAGCCAGCAGCAUGGCGCUGCCAAAGCAGUACCUGGGCAUGACGGCAUUCGUCGCUGCGCUCCUGUUCGUUGCCACGGCAGGCGUACUCUGGGUCAGGCUGGAGGUGGUCAAAAAGGCCUAG